AAACAGAAUCAGGAAACUAGUGUGGUGUUUAGCUGUCUUCAUCUACAUGUAUUCAAAUGGCUGAAGCUAGACUUUAUGUGAGUAGGGAUCAGUUCAACUGUUCGAUCUGUCUGGAAAUUCUGAAUGAUCCAGUGACCAUCCCCUGUGGACACAGUUACUGUAUGGACUGUAUCAGACGCCACUGGGAUGAAAAUGCUCACGGGAGACAAUACAACUGUCCCCAGUGCAGACAGAACUUCACUCCAAGACCUGUUUUAGGGAAAAAUGUGGUGGUUGCUGAAAUGGUGGAGAAACUGAAGAGAACAGAACUCCAGCCUGCUCAAGUUUCUCAAACUGAAGCUGGACCUGGAGAUGUGGAGUGUGAUGUCUGUACUGACAGAAAAUAUAAAGCCAUCAAAUCCUGUCUGGUGUGUCUGAACUCUCUCUGUCAAAGCCACUUUCAACAACAUGAGAAAGUCUUCAAAGGUGAGAGACACAGUAUGAUUGAUGCUACUGCGCAAGAGGAGAUGAUCUGUCCAAUACACAAUGAGCUUUUGGAGAUUUUCUGUCAUACUGACCAGAUGAGUAUUUGUAAGCGUUGUACGAUGGAUAUCCACAAAAACCAUGAUGUGACAUCAGGAGCAGGGAGAAUGAAUCAGAGUUCUUCAUCUUAUUUGGUUCCUCCUGAACCUUUCAGUUUUGAUGUUGUUUCUCGUUCUGAUCAUGGGAGAAAAUCUUUCGCCAAAAGACUAAAGAAAAAAAUGGACAAUUUCCUUAAUUCGGAGGUAAUGGUUGUAUCUGGUUGGGUAAUGCGCUGCAAAUUUCCUACUGAUGGACCCAGAAACAGGAAUCAGAUCCUACAAUAUUCACACGAGCUCUCAAUGGAUUCAAACACAAUGAAUGAAACACUCCUACUGUCUGUAGGGAACAGAGUGGCUACAAACACUGGCAAAGUCCAGCUAUAUCCCGAACAUCCAGAGAGAUUUGAUUGUUGGCCUCAGGUCCUGUGUGGAGAGAGUGUAUGUGGACGAGCCUACUGGGAGUUUGAGUGGAGUGGAAGAGCUGGUGUGGGAGUAUCAUUAGCCUAUAAGAGCAUUUGCAGAAAGGGAAAUGGCGACGAGAGUAAAUUUGGAUGUAAUGAUCAUUCUAUGAAUCUGUACUGUUCUCCUUCCAAAUACACAUUCUGGGACAGUAACAAAAAGACUAAACUAUAUGUAAACAUUUCUAAAUUAAAGACUUCUAGAUUGGCAGUGUAUGUGGAUUACAGUGCUGGAAUUGUGUGCUUCUUCAGCAUCUCUGACAAAAUGAAGCUCAUCUACAUAGUCCAGACCACAUUCACUCAGCCCAUCUAUCCUGGGUUUAGGGUUUAUUGUGGAUCAUCAGUGCAACUGUGUGAUCCAGCAAUGAACUGUACAUGAUUUUGAGAGAGAUGUGAGAUUCAAAUUGACGAUGGUAUUUUUUUUCAGUCAAUAAAUCUGUUAAAAAAAGAAAAAGAAAAAUGAAUAACAAACAAAGAGAAAGAUUUAGAUUACAUUUACAUAUACUGCCAUUAAAAAGUUUGGGAUCAGUAAAAAUGUUAAUGUUUUUUUAAAUGUUUAUUUUGCUCAUCAAGGCUGUGUUUAUUUAAUCAAAAAUACAGAAAAAUACC